CAUCCCACCAACAUUUUCUUCUUUCUAUCUCGCCAAGCACAUCAACCAGCAAUCAGCGCGGUUGCACGCGCGCCCGUCAUGGCCGUGGCCGCAUGUUCCGCUACCGCCUCCGUCGCCGCUGCAGCGGCGGGAACCAGGGGCCUGCGCGACGACCAUGAGUCACUAGGCCCGUCCGCGCGCGCAGCCUUCACGCCCUUCAAUGGCCUCCACGCUCUCCCCUCCCAGCCCUCCCGCUCGCCGCCCUCGCUCUGCCCGCCUGCUCCUGCCUCCCGCCCAGGGCAGCCCCGCGAAUCCGGGCCGCUCGAAUCCGCGCGCGGGUUGACGGUCGUGGCGAAGCAGCGCGGCACGCAGCGGAUCGCGAAGACGCAACGCGGGACUACUAGCAAUGUCCGCGGCACCAAGCGCGGCACGCAGAUCCUUCCCCGGAAGGGCAGAGCGGAGGAACCCCAGCCGUCGCGCGGAACGCUCAUCUUCCGCCGAAGAGACUCCGCGCAAGCGGAAACCGCGCAGCAGGACGGAGCCGCGGCGGCCCCCGCCCGCCCCGAGGAGCUUCCCGCGUCGCCCGGGCCGUUCUACGCCGUGGCGCGGCUGGCGUCGCUGCUGCUCGGCCCCGGCGCGCCCGACGCGAAGACGGUGUUCGUGGCGGGCGGCGCGGCGGGGCCCACGGCGUCGCGCGUGGUGGCGGAGCUGCUGGCGGCGGGAUUCAAGGUGCGCGCGGGCGCGGAGGACGCGGACAAGGGCGCGAUGAAGCAGCUGCUGGCGCAACUCAAGCCGCUAGUCAGCGCGGGCGACGCCAAGCGCCUGACCCUGGUGCAGUACAGCGCGCGAGACCCCGACUUCACCGCGCAGGCCAUGGCGGGCGCGGGCACCGUGGUCGUCACGCUGGGGCGCGCGGAGAACGGCGCGGGCAGCGCGGGCGUGGUGUCCCCACAGGACGCGCUGGACCUGCUGCGCGCGGCGGAAGCCGCCCGCGCGUCGCAGUUCGUGUUGCUGACGGAUUUCGCGCAGGGCUCGGGCGCGCGGGACGGCACCGUUGUGUCCGCCAUGCUCGCGUUCCUGGGGUCCAUUGGGCGGCGCGGCGUGUCGUAUGCGGGCCUGGCGACGGCGCUGGCGGAGAGUGAGGUGUCGUACAGCAUCGUGCGCACGGGGUUCUGCGACGGCGUGCCCGACAGCCUCAUGGCGCGGUCAAACCUCGUGGUGGCGGCCGAAGGCAGCAUCAACAGCGGCAAGAUAUCGCGGGCGCAAGUGGCGCAGCUGGUGGCGGCGCUGCUGAGCGACCCGAAGAUGGCACGGGAUAAGGCGUUGGACGUGGUGGCCAGCGAGGCCGCGCAGCCCACCCCAUUGGCCGACAUGCUGAGUCUCGUUCCCCCUGACCCCCGGCGCGCCAACAGGCUACUAGCAGCGGAGCAGGAGGAGCAGGAGGCGGCGGCAGCAGUGGCGAGGGAGGCGGCAGGCAGGGAGGCGGCGGAGAGGGCCGUGCAGGCAGAGGCGCUGGCCAGGGCGGCUGAGGAGAAGGCCGCUGCUGAAGCCAUGGCAGCCAAGGCAGCACGGGAGGCAGCAGAGGCGGCAAAGGCUCAGGUGAACUCUCAGGUGGCGACAGCAGCAGUGUCGGACAUGGUGGGCUUCCUCAAGGGCACCUCCUCCGACCUUCCCCCAGCCAAGGCCGUGCUGCCGUCCUUCGCCAGCCUCGUGCCCAAGGCCGCCACAGCGCUCGACACCUCCCAACAAGGCCCCUCGGACGCCCCUGCGAAGAAGCCCACUCUGCCUUCCUUCACCAGCCUCGUCCCCAAGGCAGCCAGUCCUCCUGGGAGCGCUCAAGACACGUCCCCUGAGGUUCCUUCCCCGAAGACUGCACUCCCGUCCUUCUCCAGCCUUGUUCCCAAAAUCCCUGCCAUCACCCCCUCCCCGGCUGCUGCUGCAGCAGCGUCUGCAGCUAAUGCUUCACCUGGUGGCCCUUCCAUAGCUGCUGCUGCGGCGGCGGUGACGGGCGUGGUGGCGAGCGCAGUAGGGAUUGUGGGAGGCGGGCAGGGGGGCACCAUGAGAGGGACAGCAGGGAGCGCUGCCACUGCUGCUGCUCUGGCUGCUGCAGGGCUGGCGUCUAAGCAGAGGAGACCACUGAAGCAGAGGGAAGGGGGGCAGGGGAAGAGCGGGCGCAAGGCGGGUGAGGCUGCUGGUGAGAAGAAGACCGGCCUUGGGGGGUUGUGGCAGCAGGAAACAGUGUUUGUGGAUAGCACGGAUGCCGGUGACUUCUGAGUCAUGCCAUGGCACGGCAGCUUGAAUGGACGGCUGUGUGUGUGUUUUAGCCGUCACCUGUGUGUGUGUGUGAUUGUCCACUAGUGUGUUCACGUUCAUCUGUCUCUAUGUGUGCGUGUUUUGUGUGUGAGUGAGUGAGUGUGUUAAGAUAUGGGAAGGGGUGGUUGGGAUGGGACUGUGGGGCGAGAUGGGAGGGGGUGGAGGAGGAUGAGUUGAGCAUUCAGGCAUGGAUACGAUCAGUGGCGCCCGCGCUGCUGAGGUUGUGGGUUGUGGAUACCGUUGGGAUUUUUUACCUGGUGGUUAAAAAAUCUGGAACCAGUGUUUGACCAAGACUGACAAGGUGACAAGUGGUGUUGGCUUGCCAAGGGCAUGUGGCACCUGGGAUUUUUAUGGGGAACUGCUGUAUGGUGAGUCGCAAUUGGCGACUGGUACUACUAGCUGUCACUGCCGUAGCCUUUUUGUAGGCACUGCUUGUUUGUAAGUGAGCAUAGCUUACGGUAAAAUUCCGUUAUGUGUGAUCUAUCCAAUGAAA